GCAUAUAAAGUGAUCAAUAAUUUGUGGUGUCAUGCAAAGCCACUCCACCAACAAAAAGACACUCAAUGAGUUUCCACUAUCACUAAGAAAAAAAGAGACCAAAACAAUGCAUGUCUGUUGGUCAAUCAUUCAUUCCCACAUCAAAUUUCAAGUCUCAGAUGUUAUUGCUAUGAAAUUUGACACACAUAAAAUGAGGAAUAAUAGACAGAAAAAAGAACAUGCUUGAACAACCAAAAUCCACUGUAAACUUCUAACUUAAUCAUGCAAAAUAAAGAAUAAAGACUAAACUAUGUGGAUAACUGGAAAAGAAGAACUAGGACCAAAUAAAAUACUUGAUUGAUUAACUUUACCGUACCAUUAUUUUGCCCAAGGUGGGGAAGUGGAAUAGUUCAUGCUGAUAAAGUAUUCAUAAUUUUUCUGUUCCCAUUGGCUUGGUCCCCUUAUGGUCCAAAACACCUCUCAUUCAUUCAUUCCCUUAUUCUGAAGUGUGAGAUAAUAUUGGCCAUAAAUAGCUAGUGUUGUUUCAUCAUCAAGUCAGAGUUCAGCCAUGGCUAGUUCACUCAAUAUGGAGGUAGUGAGUGUAAUCUUAUUAGCCAUAAGCUUCUUCUUUUACUUAGUUUCAGCAAAGUCACAAACCUAUAUUGUACACAUGGACAAAUCAGCUAUGCCAAAAGCCUUCUCAACUCACCAAAGUUGGUACAUGUCUACUCUUUCUACCAUAUCAGAGAAAAAUUCCCAACUCCAUAUCAACUCAAAACUCAUUCACACUUACACAAACUCUAUCCAUGGAUUUAGUGUAACACUCACUCCUUCUGAGCUUGAAGCACUCAAAAAAUCUCCUGGUUACAUUCAUUCCACCCCAGAUCAUCUCCUUAAACCCCACACCACACAUACUCCUAAGUUUCUUGGAUUAAACCCCACUUCUGGUUUAUGGCCAGCUUCAUCUUUCGGCGAAGGCAUCAUAAUUGGUGUAGUUGACACUGGAAUUUGGCCAGAGAGCAAGAGCUUCAGUGACAAAGGAAUGACAGCAGUGCCCUCUAGAUGGAAAGGGAAAUGUGAGUCAGGUGAACAAUUCAACUCUUCCUUGUGCAACAAGAAACUUAUUGGAGCUCGAUUUUACAACAAGGGUCUUUUAGCUAACAUUCCCAAGUUUAAAAUCACCAUGAACUCUCCACGAGAUAAAGAUGGACAUGGCACGCACACUGCUUCCACUGCAGCCGGUGGUUAUGUGGAAGGCGCGUCUUACUUUGGCUAUGCAGCCGGUACUGCCAGUGGCUUAGCGCCUAAAGCUCGAUUGGCAAUCUAUAAAACUAUAUGGAGAAACUCUGUAUACACCUCUGAUUUUCUAGCAGCAAUAGACCAGGCAAUAAGAGAUGGUGUUGAUGUUUUGUCACUCUCUUUGGGGUUAGGAGAUGGUGAUUAUAGUUUGGAGGAUGAUAGUAUGGCAAUAGCCAUAUUUGCAGCCAUGGAGAAAGGCAUAUUUGUUUCAGCUUCAGCUGGAAACAUUGGCCCAAGAGCAGGGACAGUAAUCAAUGCAGCACCAUGGAUAACCACAGUAGCAGCUGGUACUGUAGAUAGAGUUUUCAAAGGAACAUUGACUUUGGGGAACGGUUUUCAAAUCAAUUUCGAUUCAUUGUAUCCCGGAAACUCUUCUCAACACCAAGUUGGCCUUGUUUUCUUAGAUGGGUGUGCAGAUUUGAAUCAAAUUAAGAAAGUUAGAGACAAGAUUGUUGUAUGUAAAGACAACUUGAGUAUAAGUGAUCAAGUUGAGAAGGCCGAGUCUGCUAAAGUGUUUGGAGCUGUCUUUAUAAGUAACUACUCAUUAUCUGAUUUUUAUACCAGAAGCUCAUUUAGAGCUGCUUUUAUUGGCUUAAAGGAUGGUGAAACUGUUAUAAACUACAUCAAAAAUAGCAAAAAUCCCACUGGAAGAUUAGAGUUUCAGAAAACAGUACUGGGAUCAAAACCAGCUCCAAAAGUGGAUGGCUAUAGCUCUAGAGGGCCAUUUCUGAAUUGCCCAAAUGUGUUAAAACCAGAUAUCUUGGCCCCUGGCUCAUCAAUCUUGGCAGCCUGGUCUCCAAUAAGCUCAGUGGCUGAAGUUCAAUCAAGGUCUUUGUUCAGUGACUUUAAUAUCCAAUCAGGCACUUCAAUGGCUGCACCUCAUGUUGCAGGAGUUGCAGCCCUGAUCAAAUCAGUCCAUCCUGAUUGGAGCACAGCAGCCAUUAGAUCAGCCCUUAUGACCACAGCCAACCCAUUGGACAACACCCAAAAUCCCAUUCAAGAUGAGGACAACUUCGAAAUCCCGGGUUUGGAUACUGGUUCUGGCCUUAUUCAACCAAACAAGGCAAUUGAUCCUGGACUAAUUUAUGAUACAACAUCAGAAGACUAUGUUAAGCUUCUAUGUGGAAUGAAAUACACACCAAAACAGAUUCAAAUCAUAACAAAGUCUAAUCACACUUGUGUUGGACCACUGUCUUCGGAUCUCAACUACCCAUCUUUUAUUGCUUAUUUUAAUGGAAUUGGUGGUUCCACUUCCAAAGUUGUGGAGUUCAGAAGGACAUUGACCAAUGUGGGAAAAGAAAACUCUAGUUAUAGUGUGAAAGUUACUGCCAUGAAAGAGUUGAAAGUGAAGGUUGAGCCAAUGAAGCUAGUUUUCAAGAAGAAGUAUGAUAAGUUAAGUUACAAGCUGAGUUUGGAGGGUCCAAAGGUGUUGAAAGCAGAAGUGGUUUUAGGCUCACUGAGUUGGGUAGAGGAAACUGGUAAAUAUGUUGUCAGGAGUCCAAUAGUGGCCACAAGUAUUGAUCCUGAAGAUUUGAGAGACCUAUAAAUUUAAAGUACUGUAACAAUAUUGUUGGUAGUGAAUAAAUGAGUUAGUAGAAUAAAUCAAGUACAAUUGGCUCUCAUUUUAUGUAUUUUUGUUUUACAUGCAAUUUGGACUUAUUAUUGCUAAAA